UGGGCCUGAUGCUGGGUUGGUUCAGGCCUGCUAACUAGAAAUCUCGACACUUGGGAGCAGAGCUUCCUGGUCGGGCACCAUCUCUCAGUGGUGAUGGCGCUCUCACCAUCUCCAUCAAAUCUUCAUCUUCAUCUUCUUCUUCAACCUCAGGCCCACUAUUCAAACACUUUCAGAACCCUCAAAUUCAACUGUUCUUGCUCUUACCACUCAAUCCAAGUCGACACACAGCAAGUAAAAGUGCCCUUGAAGACUACAAAGGCGAAGAGGAAGCCCAGGCCGAGCUUCUUUGAGCAAAUUCGCGAUAAAUGGUCUCUCAAAAUCAACUCUCCCAGAGAGAAAUUUCCGUGGCAAGAGCAAGCGGAGGAAACCCAGAACUCUUCUGGGGUUGUUGUGCCUGAUUCAGAAGUUAUAGACUCGUCCGUGGGUAGCCCGGUGAGUUCCGCUUCUGAGAGUCGUUUCGUUUCUGUUCCUUGUAUCCAUGAGAGCAAACCCAGAAAUCCCCGGUUGGUUUCUGAGCCUGAAAUUUCUCAGAACAGUUGUGAACAAGGUGUAAAUGUGGUUGGGUUCGGCAGUCAUCGCGCAAGUGUUGAUGAAUGGUCGAAGAGUUUCCAGAAGGAAGUUGAUUCCGAUGGAAAAUUCGAGGGAGAAGGUGUUGAAGUUGAUGAAAUCCCAAUUGGAGUGUUGGGAACUGAGAAGACUGAAAUUGAGAUGGGUGAUGCCAAUGUAUCUUUGAAUGAGAAGCCCCCAGGUGGUGAUGAAGACUUUGGAAAUUUUGAGGGUUUUAGUGGUAACAGUAGUUUAAUUGAGUUGCCGUGGAAAAGACGAGAAGGAUUGCAGCCUGUUGAAAGAGAUGGGUGGGGAAGGAGAAAUACAAGGAUGGCGGAAAGAAUGGUCCCUGAGCACGAACUGCGGAGGCUUAAGAACAUUGCACUGAGGAUGCUAGAGAGAAUAAAAGUAGGAGCUGCAGGCGUUACCCAAUCAUUAGUGGAUGCUAUUCAUGAGAAGUGGAGGAAGGAUGAAGUGGUGAAAUUGAAAUUUGAAGGGCCUUCUUCAUGCAACAUGAAAAGAACCCAUGAAAUUCUUGAGACUAGAACCGGUGGAUUGGUAAUAUGGAGAACUGGUAGUUCUGUUGUUUUGUACAGGGGAAUGGCGUACAAACUUCAUUGUGUACAAUCAUACAUCAAGCAAGAACGGGAUAAUGUGAAUAUUUCGGAAUAUUCACAAGAUGCAGCAAAUGUCAUUAUUCAGGAUAUAGGAGUGAAAGACAUAGUUAAAACUACAGAAUCAGUUAUCUCUGAUUCUGCAAGAUAUUUGAAGGAUCUAUCUGAAGAAGAACUUAUGGAUUUAAGUGAACUCAACCAUUUGUUAGAUGAGUUGGGACCACGCUUUAAAGAUUGGUCUGGCCGUGAACCGCUACCGGUUGAUGCAGACUUGCUUCCUAGUGUGGUUCAUGAAUACAAACCUCCAUUCAGGCUUCUUCCUUAUGGGAUGAGGCAUUGUUUAAGAAACAGGGAGAUGACAUUCAUCCGAAGGCUUGCAAGAACAAUGCCUCCACAUUUUGCCCUGGGAAGGAGCAGGGAACUGCAAGGUCUGGCUAUGGCUAUGGUGAAAUUAUGGGAGAGAAGUGCCAUUGCAAAGAUAGCGAUCAAACGUGGUGUACAAAAUACUUGUAAUGAUAGGAUGGCAGAAGAACUGAAAAACUUGACAGGCGGAACACUAGUCUCUAGAAACAAGGACUAUAUUGUCUUUUAUAGGGGUAAUGAUUUCUUGCCACCACAUGUUAUGGAGGCAUUGAAAGAAAGGCGGAAACUAAGAGAUCUCCAACAGGAUGAGGAAGAGCAAGCACGACAUAGGGCCUCAGCCUUGAUUGAUUCAAAGGCCAGAUCUGCUAAAGGCCCUUUGGUUGCUGGAACCCUUGCUGAAACAUUGGCAGCAACUUCUCGCUGGGGAAGUGAACCGAGUGAAGAAGAUGUGGGGAAAAUGAUUAGAGACUCAGCUUUGGCUAGGCAUGCUUCACUAGUCAGAUAUGUUGGCAAGAAACUUGCUCAUGCGAAAGCGAAAUUAAAAAAGACUGAGAAGGCUUUAAGAAAAGUGCAAGAGGAUCUGGAACCAGCAGAGCUCCCAAUGGAUUUGGAAACCCUAAGUGAUGAGGAAAGAUUUUUAUUUCGUAAGAUUGGUUUGAGCAUGAAACCCUUCCUGCUUCUAGGGACGCGAGGGAUUUUUGAUGGUACUGUAGAAAACAUGCACUUACACUGGAAGUAUCGGGAGCUGGUAAAGAUAAUUGUGAAGGGAAAAAACUUUGCACAAGUCAAGCAUAUUGCUAUUUCUCUAGAGGCUGAGAGUGGUGGUGUGCUAGUAUCUGUGGACAGAACUCCCAAAGGCUAUGCAAUUAUUGUCUAUCGUGGGAAGAAUUACCAACGCCCUCAUGCACUGAGGCCCAAGAAUCUAUUAACAAAAAGGCAGGCAUUAGCUCGAUCAAUUGAACUUCAGAGACAUGAGGCACUAAAGCAUCAUAUCUCAGAUUUAGAGGAAAGGAUCAAAUUGCUGAAGUCUCUACCUGAAGAAAUGAAGACUGGCAAUGGGAUUGAUGACAAAGCCUUCUAUUCAAGAUUGGAUGGUACUUAUUCUACCGAUGAAGACAUGGAAGAGGAUGAAGGGGAAGAAGCAUAUCUUGAAAUAUAUGGGAGUGAAGACAAGGGUAGCAAUAUCCAAAACAAGGAGCUCCUGCUUGAAGGAGGAUCAAUAUAGUAAUUCCACCAUCUGAGGCUUGGAAGAUAAAGCUACUGCAUGAGUAAAACAAUGAUCAGGAAUUUCAACUUCUUGAGCAAUGCACGAGAUUGAAAACCUAAGAAGGGUGAGUCUAACUUAAUCCAUCAAUUGAACUGUCCAAGGAUGAAGUUACACAAGUUUUUUGUGUGUGGCAUGGACAGUAUAUGGUGGCAUCAUGAACUUUCCUCCUGCAAUUACCAAUAAUGGAGGUCAGAAAAUCACUCUUUUUAAGCAGGAAGGGAAGGCAAUGAAAUAGGUAUCUCUUUCUCAUUCAUUAUGCCCUGUGCAGCACCAUUUGAGAAGUUCACCAUUGCCUGUAGUAAAUCAUGGCUGUAAAUAUGUCAAUCAAUUAAUGAUUGCAUUUUCUGAUCAUUGUUCUUUGGCCUCUUUAACAUAUUACUGAUCUUUCAUGGUAAAUAUUAGGGACAAAUGCAAAGCAGAGUGGUUCUUUGAAGGCAUAGAAAGAAUUUGAAUUUGAAAUUUCUGUUCAAACAGGAUGGUGUUGUUCAGCUGAAUCACUUAUACAUGUAUAAUUGAGGUGGCGUGAGAUUCCUUUUUUCA